UCACAUGGCUAGAUAGAAAGGAAAGCUAAGCAUAAGCUUUGCUCUGUGUUUUCUUUUUCCGGUCAAUAUCCGGCAAGAGAACCGGUGAACGUCGUAGGAAAAAAUGGACGAAUCAUGCAGAAUUGGUACGGGGAUAAUGCGGGGUCUCCCUCGACGGAGAUCGGUGGAGGACAGGUGGAGGCGCCGCUCCAUAUUCUCCGGCUCCGAACCUGCGGUGGACGCCGCCGAAGACUUCGCUGACGUCUUCGGCGGCCCGCCGAGGACACUCCUUGCGCACAAAUACUCCAACUCCGGAAGCUCGUUCUACGAGGAGGUUUUCAGGCCGCCGGAGUUCGUUUCUCCGGCAACGAGAUGUGGUCGGAACCUGCCUGUGUUCAGGAUUCCAUCGGCGAGGAACAACGGGUUUUACAGCGACAUAUUUGGCUCAGACGACGAACGGAGAUCGAGGGAACGGUCAAGAUCGCAAUCGAAGGGGACAUCGUCGUCGGUGCUGAGCUCGGAGGAGCUGAGCCCUCGCCGGCCGGCGAUCGGAGAUGACGUGGCACUGUCUGGUUUAGCUUCAAAGCUGAGUGAUUUUUACAGGCCAAUCAGUGUUCCAUGGAGAUGGAACUCAUCCUCUAUGAUGCCUGAGGAAUACCCGGAUAACCAUGGGGUACCAACUUCUCCAUGCGAUUCUCAGUCAGUUGAAUUUCAAUUUCCUGAUAAUGAAUUCAAGGAAAUCUUCAAAAGCUCAAAUUUAGGAUCCUCAAGAAGAGUCACAUCUCCAGAAACCAUCAGUUUUGAAUAUGACUCAUAUCAAAGCGUCAAAGGAUUUACCGAUGAUUGGGAGCUCAAUUCCCCUAUUUCUGUUGUCUCUUCACUCCGUCAAGAGCCUGAAGCAAAAUAUUCAGUUCAUGAUGGUGUGCUUAAACAACAAAUUAUAGAGGAUGAUGAUGACGACUAUGAUGAGGACGAAGAUGAAGUUAUGAGCUCCUAUGUCAUAGAGCUCAACUCCAAUCUCAGGAGGGAAGAUUGUGAAGCAUCAGCCAUAGAUGAAGCAAUUGCAUGGGCCAAAGAGAAGUUUCAAUCAGGGAGCUCUGAUGAAGGAUCAAGCAGUAAAAAUGAUAGCAAUGAACAAACUGCUAAAAUAAAAGGAAGCUUUGAAUGCCAUGAUGAUGAAAUCGAAAUAGUUGAAUCUCCCAAGAAACCACUGACGGAAACAGAGAAGUUAGACAGAGACAUAAGGUUGUGGUCAUCCGGCAAAGAAACUGACAUCCGGCUACUCCUUUCAACACUGCAUCAUGUUCUAUGGCCUGAGAGUGGCUGGUAUGCUGUUCCUCUUAUGAGUCUAAUAGAAAGCUCAAAGGUGAAGAAGGCUUAUCAGAAAGCAAGGUUAUGCCUGCAUCCUGACAAACUUCAGCAAAGAGGAGCCACAGUCUUGCAGAAGUAUGUAGCAGAGAAGGUUUUCUCCAUUCUUCAGGAUGCAUGGGCAGCAUUCAUAUCUAUGGAUGUUUCAUUUUUAAGAGGCAGAUGAUUGAAAUUGCUGAUCACUCAGUUUUGGCAAACCCCAAGCUAGAAAUUUGGAAUAAUGGAAGGUUUUUGUUGGCAUGCAGUAGAUACACAUGAAAUUUGAAUUUUGAAAGCAUCUGCUCCUUUGUACAAAUGAUUAACCGAGGACUAUUUUGUUAUUUAUGUCUGUAUUAGUUGCUGUUUGAUCCCUUUUAGGUGUUACUUAUGAUGUAUUUAAUAGGAAGUUAUUUGAUUGA